GAUACCUGGCCGCCUCGGAUGACAAUCUACUCGAUCGGAAUCAAAACAUAACCGGGCAACCAGACGGAAUCAAGAUCACCCGACUAUAUGGCUCCGAUGAGGAACAGGACGAAGAGGGAUCUUCGGGUUUUCGUGGUCGGUCCCAGAGCCUAAAGUACUUGAAUGAACGAGUGGAGACUGGAUCCAUAUCUAGGUCAAAAAGCCUCAGGGAUGUGGACACGGGCGACUUUGACCGCGCCACAGCGCGGGUGUCGUAUGUUGAUAGCUGGAAUCCAGUUAAUCCCGCUGGACGUGGUAGGUUAGCGACAAAGAUUCAAAGCUGGGAGAACUUGGACGCAGACGAAGACACUAUGUCGCGGAGCGCGGAACAUGGUUUCGGACAAAGACGCAUCAGUAGCCAGAACUCGGCAAGAAAACGGAGCUAUGAAAAUUACACAAGGAGAGCGUCGGCUGAAGAUUAUUCAAGGAAGACUUCGUCGGGACAGGAGUAUGAAGUUAUGGAUAGGGAUUCAGAGGUCGACACGAGAAUGCCGGACACAGAUCCAACUUCGGCGGACGCCGAGUGGAAAAAGAUUCAACAGAACACCUUCACAAGAUGGUGCAACGAGCAUCUAAAAUGCGUGAACAAGUACAUUUACAAUUUGGAAACAGACCUUGUCGACGGAUUAAAGCUCAUAGCUCUGCUACAAGUCCUUUCGCACAAGAAAAUAACGAGAUACAACAAGAAGCCUUCGUUUAGACCGCAGAAAUUGGAGAAUAUUUCUAUCGCACUCAAGUUCAUCGAAAGCGAGAACAUUCGGUUGGUGAAUAUCGAUGCUAGUGACAUCUUCAAGGGAAAUAUUAAAUUGAUCCUGGGUCUGAUAUGGACAUUGAUUCUGAAGUACCAGAUCAGCAUGCCAUAUCUUGAUGAUGACGAUGAUGAAGGACAGAAGAUGACGCCUAAACAAGCACUUCUGGCAUGGGUGAAAAGCAAGAUGCCAGAGUCUGUUCCAAUGGACAAUUUCAACAAAGACUGGAAUGAUGGACGAGCUGUAGCUUGCCUGGUGGAUGCUGUUGCUCCUGGCCUCUUCCCAGAGUGUGAGGAUCUGGACCCCGCCGAUAGACUUGAAAAUGCAAGACAAGCAAUGCAAGCUGCUGAAGACUGGCUUGGUGUUCCUCAGGUUAUCACUCCAGAAGAAAUCACUAAUCCUAACGUUGACGAACUGAGUGUCAUGACAUACGUCUCCUACUUUCCUGAGGCAAAACUGAAACCCGGUGCUCCCCUGCGCCCAAGGACCCACCCCUCGGCAAAGUGUUCUGCCAAAGGACCCGGUGUGGAACCAAAAGGCCUUGUUGUCAAGAAGCCAGCCGAUUUUACUGUGCUCACUCAAGGUGCUGGAAUGGGAAAGUUGAGUGUUUCUGUCUGGGGACCUGGAAAGUCAGAAGAGGAAGUAAUUGUACGGGACAAUCAAGAUCAUACCUUUGCAUGUCAAUACUUUCCACAGAAACAAGGAAAAUAUGAUGUGCAUGUAAAAUGGAAUGGGAGACAUAUCCCCAAGAGUCCAUUCCGAGUGGAAGUUGGUCAAGAUCUUGAUGCCAGUCAGGCUUACGCCACAGGACCUGGAUUGCAGCCUGAAGGAAUCCAAGCCGGCAAGUACACAGACUUCACUGUGUUCACAAAAGGUGCUGGAGAAGGACAGGUGUCUGUCAAAGUUAUUGAUCCACGUGGUGGAGAAGAUGUGGACAUUAUUAUCGAACCACAGGAAGAUGGGCAGUACUUUGUUGAAUACCAGCCUGUUAACGCUGGAAAACACACCAUCAAGGUGUUGUUUGGAGGACAACCAAUUAGUAAGAGCCCCUUCCAUGUCAUGGUGAGCCCACCACGAAUUGAACCCAUCCCAUCAAAAGUGCGAGUGUUUGGUCAAGGUGUUGAGCCAACUGGUUUAAAGGCUGGACAGCGAGCACCAUUUACAGUUGAUGCCAAGGGUGCAGGUGAUGGUGAACUGGAUGUGUUUGUGGAAGGCCCUCAAGGAGAAGAAAAAGUUGACAUCAAGAACAACGGCGAUGGGACAUAUUCAUGUAUCUACUAUCCUGGGAAAUUUGGAAAGUAUGUUGUCAAUGUGACAUGGAGUUCAGUUCAGGUUCCAAACAGUCCUUUCAAUGUCAAAGUUGCUCCAGCUGUUGAUGCAAGUAGAAUCAAAGCUUAUGGACCUGGUUUGGAGAGAGGUACUGCAGGCAAGCCAUGUGAGUUCACAGUGGAAACCAAAGGAGCAGGAAUCGACAGUCUAGGAUUUGCCAUUGAAGGGCCAUCUCAGGCAGAAAUUCACUGUCAAGAGCGAUCGCCAGGCAUCUGUGAUGUGCGUUACUACCCAACUACACCAGGAAAUUAUGCUAUUCAUGUCACAUGUGGGGAUGAAGACAUUCCCAAGAGUCCCUUUAUGGUGCCCAUAUCACCUGCAGGAGAUGCCAAGAAAGUGUACGCUGAAGGACCUGGUUUACAGCCUGAAGGUGUUGUAGCAGGUGUGCCAGCUGAGUUCACAGUUUUCACCAAAGAGGCUGGAGAAGGCGAUGUUGACGUCCGAGUGAUCGAUAACAACGGCAAGAAGGUUCCAGCGGACAUCACUGACAACAAAGAUGGAACUUACUCUGUGGUGUACUAUCCAACAGCAGUCGGUGCGUACACGGUGAACAUCACUUUCAACUCUGAAAGUAUUCCUAAGAGCCCCUUCAGAGUCAACGUCUGCCAGACCAACUCCGCAGCGUGCCGUGCUUAUGGACCAGGCCUGGAGAAGGGCUUUGUCAAUCAGAACAACGAAUUCAAGAUUGAAACUAAAGGAGCUGGCGAGGGUGGCCUGGGGCUGACCAUUGAAGGACCAUCAGAAGCGCAGAUUGAGUGUAAAGACAACGGUGAUGGGUCAUGUGACGUCACUUACCUACCCCCAGACCCCGGCGAUUACGUCAUCAACAUCUUAUUUGCCGAUGAGCACAUCCCAGGGAGUCCUUUCAAAGCGAGGAUCUCUUAUCCUUUCGACGCUUCCAAGGUCAAAGUUGAAGGUCCUGGAAUUGAGCCCGGGAUACGCGCGGGUGAGCCAGCGGAUAUUGAUAUUGACACUCGCAUGGCUGGAGAUGCGGAACUGAAGGUUGAAGCAGUGGAUGAGUUGAACAGCCCUGUUCAGUGUGACAUUGAUGAAGAGGAGUAUGGAAUAUACGCUGUGACUUACUAUCCCAAAAAGAAAGGUAACCACAAAGUCAGCGUCAAAUACGGUGGAGUGCAUGCGCCGGGAAGUCCAUUCAAAGUUGCCAUCUCGCCCAAGUCUGACGCGUCAAAAGUGAAAGUGACGGGACCUGGGGUUGAACCAACCGGAGUGCAACCUGGCAAGCCCACUUAUUUUACCAUUAAUGCUUCUGAAGCCGGAAAGGGAGAUGUUCACGUGAAAGUGGAACCAGUCAAACGUGGGCGUCCUGUGGAUGUGGAAGUGACCGAAGAAGGAAAAGACACAUUCAAGUGUGAGUACGUGGCACCGGUGGAAGGAGCCUACAAGGUCGAUGUGAAAUUUGAUGGUAGCCCUGUGCCCGGCAGCCCUUUCCCUGUGGAGGUUGCCAAGCCUGGUGAUGCUGGAAAAUGCAAGGCUCAAGGCGAUGGACUGGAGACGGCCAUUAUCGAUCAACUGGCUGAGUUUGAUGUCGACUGUAAAUCUGCCGGAGAGGGACAGUUGAUGGCGGCAGUAGACAAUCCAUCUGGUGCACACACAGACACCUUAGUCACUGACAAUGAAGACGGUACAUAUUCUGUGUCGUACACACCAUUUGAAGAAGGAAUACACACGCUGAACGUUAAGUUUGGAGGUGAUCACAUUCCUGGCAGCCCGUUCAAGGUCGAUGUUCUUCCUCCCACGGAUGCAACGAAGUGCAAAGCUUAUGGUCCCGGCUUGGAAAAUGCCCUUGUGGGUAAGCCAGCUGACUUCACCGUGGAAACCAAAGGGGCUGGGGCUGGCGGCCUGAGCCUGGCCAUCGAGGGACCUUCUGAGGCAAAACUCACUUGUAAUGACCAUGGAGAUGGAACGUGCUCAGUGAAAUACACGCCCACGGAGCCCGGUGAUUAUGAGAUCCAUAUAAAGUUCGCCGAUGAGCACAUCCCCGGAAGUCCCUUCAACGCAAAGGUGACACGUCCAGUUGAUGCAAGUAAAGUGAAGUGUUAUGGACCAGGUGUUGAUCGUGUUAAUCCGUUAUACUCCAAGACACCACAAGAAUUCACUGUAGAUACUUCUGAAGCAGGUGAUGCUGACCUGGACAUAACUGUAGAGACACCUAAUAGGAAAACCCUUAAACCUGAGCCUGUCUGCGAGAAAGGAGAUGGGGUCUAUACGGUGGAUUAUACACCCGAGGAUGAAGGUCGUUACACUGUCAACGUGAAGUACGGCGACAAGCAUGUCCCCAACAGUCCGUUCCGUGUCCGUGCCGGACCUCCCUUUGACGCCAGUAAAGUCAAGGUAUCUGGACCAGGAGUGGAUGAGUCGCCGCUGACAGAUGUGCCUGUACAGUUCGUUGCCGACUGUACCGAAGCUGGCACUGCUCCUCUGACAGCGACUGUAGCGCCGCCUAGUGGCCCUGAUCUGCCUGUAGAUGUAAAGGAAAAUGGUGAUGGAACUUAUACCCUGGAAUAUGUACCUGAGAAACCAGGCCGCCACAGUGUUGACGUCAAGUACGGUGGCAAGAGAGUUCCAAAGAGUCCGUUUAGAGUCCAGGUUAAACCGAGUGGUGACGCGUCUAAAGUGGAGGUCGAUGGACUGGGACCUGAUGAUACUUUCACUGUGGGUAAAGAGAAUGACUUCACAGUGGACACCACAAAAGCAGGGAAAGGAGUACCCAAGUGUGUUAUCAAAGGCCCCAGGAGGAAGGAAGUUCCGGUUGAGGUUCUAGACAAUGGUGAUGGUACCUUCGACUGUGUCUUCGUCCCCGAAGAUGAAGGACGUCACGAUGUCGAUGUUCUUUUUGGCGGCGAACCUGUACCCGGAAGUCCCUUCAAAGUGAAGGCUAAAAAACCUGUUGAAGUCGACAAGAUCAAAUGCCAGCCUAAGGCUGAUAAGGAGCCAAUAGUGGACGAGGAACUUGUCUACGCCGUCGAUACACGACCCACCGAGUCGGCCCCUGGUGAAGGCCUCCUAAAUGGCUCUCUCUUGACGCCCUCUGGUGAAAAGGAGCCUGUUAAAGUCAAGGACAACAACGACGGUACCUAUGACGUUUGUUGUGUACCCAAGGAGCCUGGACCCCAUGAACUCGCCGUGGAUUAUGACGGUGUACCGCUGGUUGGUAGUCCGUUCAAGUUUGACGCCGUAGAGGGAGGAGCAGAUAAAGUGAAGGCGUACGGAAAAGGGUUAGAGCGUGGAUUGGCUGGAGAGCCUUGCGAAUUCACCAUCGUUACAAAAGACGCUGGACCAGGCGGCCUCGCUUUGGCUGUUCACGGACCAAGCAAAGCGGAGAUCACGUGCACCGAUAAUGGAGAUGGCACGUGCACAGUGCAGUACGUUCCCGACGAACCUGGUGAUUACGACAUCAGCUGUAAGUUCGCAGAUAAAGACAUCCCAGGGAGUCCUUUCACAGCUCACAUCUACUCUAACUAUGAUGACCUGGAUGCCGCCGCUCCUCGUCCAACAGUUGGCAAACCAUGUGACGUAGAACUGAAAAUCCCCGAAUCAUUCCGACCAGAGGACAUCGCGAAGGGCGUGGUCACUGCUGAACUUGAGAGGCCAAACGGACGCAAGGAACCAUUGGAACCUCUCCGCGUGAACGACGAUGGCACUCUAGCGGUUACGUUCAUCCCGUACGAACCCGGCGAGCACUUGAUCCACGUGUACAAACGCGGACGCGAAGUUCAGAACAGUCCAUUCUCGGUUAUGGUACAUGCGCAACGUGUUGGCGACGUAUACCCCGUCGGACACACUUGUGAUCUCGAUUUUAAAGUUCCCGAAGACAUCGAAGAUCUUGUGGCGACACUGAAGCGCCCCAGUGGUAAGGUAGAAGAGUCGUUAAAGCUACAACCCGGUCCACAGCCAGGGACAAUCAGCGUGUCAUUUGUACCUAGAGAGGCCGGAGAGCACUUCCUGUCCAUCAAAAGAAAGAAGGACAAGAGCCCUAUCGCUGGCAGUCCGUUCUCUAUCCUGGUGGAGUCGGAGGAACCUGUAGAGGGCGUAGGAUGCCCCGUAGACUAUUGCUUCAGCUUGGAUGAUGUGAAUCUUCCCGAGGAUAUCGAAAAGAACAGAAUAAAGGCUACAAUAAAGAGGCCAUCGAGCGAUAUAGAAGAACCAAUUGACGUGAAGCUGAACUCAGACAACACUCUUAGCUGCUCGUUUGUUCCGCGUGAAACUGGCCUUCAUUACAUCAACAUUAGAAAGUACGGCCGACAUGUGGAAGGUAGUCCAUUUGUUAUCAAGGUGACUGCACCAGAAGGGGUUUCAAGCGUUGGUAAGCCGUACGGAAAAGGUUUAGAGAGUCCUGAUAUCAACUUACCGGAAGACUACCCAAGGCUAACUGCUGCUCUUAAAAGACCGUCCAGUCCUAGAGAGGAGGAGCUGAAACUUGUCCUGAAUGGAGAUAACACCUUGGGCGUGGCAUUCACCCCACGCGAAGAGGGCGAGCAUUUGAUUCAUCUCAGAAAAGACAAAAAAGAUGUACAGAAUAGUCCUUACAGCGUGAUGGUUGGAGCGAAGGAAGAGAAGGUGGAAGAAGUACAUCCUAUGGGACGAACGUGCGAUGUGAACCUGGAUAUUCAAGGUGUCAAGCUGCCUGAAGACCUUGACAAAGAUCUGCUUAGAGGAUUCCUCAAACGGCCAAAUAGCACCAAAGAGGAACCUCUUAAACUUGAAAUCACCAGUGACAAUUCUCUGGGCGUGUCAUUCGUGCCCCAGGAACCUGGUGAACACCAGAUAAGCGUCAGGAAGAAGACUCCGGACAGAAAAUGGAAAGAUGUGCCAGGAAGUCCCUUCUCCAUCAUGGUGGAAGCGGCCGAAGCUGUUAACGCUGUUGGUACACCAUGUGAUUGUCUCCUAGAUAUGCCUAGUGUGCGCAUCCCUGAGGAUCUAAAGAAACUCACUGCGACUCUCAAGAGACCAUCGAGCCGCCACGAGGAAGAUCUGAAGUUGAGAGUAACAUCAGAUAACAAACCUUUCGCUUCCUUCGUUCCACGCGAGCCUGGCCCGCAUUUGAUCAGUAUCAAGAAAUACGGUUCACACGUGAAGAACAGCCCAUUCACUGUCAUGGUGGUCGCCCCCGAGGCUGGAAACGCCAUUGGUCGGCCGUGCGGUGUUGGACUCGAGAUCCCAGGACUAAAACUCCCGGAUGAUUACAACAACGGUCUUUUGAGUGCUAGUCUAAAGAGGCCUUCUGGGAAACCUGAGGAACCUCUCCCUCUUGCUCUCAACUCAGAUAACACAUUGAGCGUCUCGUUUACACCACAGGAGACUGGAGAGCACUUCGUCACGGUCAAGAAGUCUGGUAACCACGUGAAUGGCAGCCCAUUCUCAGUGAUGGUCAGUGGUCCAGGCCCAGCUGAUCCGAGCAAAGUGGUCUGCACGGGUCCAGGUCUACAUGACGGUGUGGCCGGUAAGCCCAGCUCUUUCACCAUUAACACCCGAGAUGCUGGCUACGGAGGACUGGGUCUUUCAAUUGAGGGACCCUCCAAGGCGGAGAUAAACUGUGUUGACAACGAGGAUGGCACGUGUACAGUGGAUUAUCUUCCUGUUGAACCCGGCAAGUACACGAUCAAUGUGAAGUUUGCUGACGAGGAUGUACCCGGAAGUCCAUUCACAUCAAACGUCCGACCAUCGGGAGAUGAAAUUCAACCAGUCGAAGAGAACUUGGUGAGUUCGUCUGCACCAGAUCAGUUCUCUGAGCCUCCACAUCGAGUGUCUGAAGUUUUUGAGGAUCUUGUGACGUUCGGUUCCACUCCCGCUCAGCCUCAUGACUUCGUGUUUGAUCUCAAAGGCUACAAGAUGGACGAUCUUGAAACCAUGGUGAUAAGCCCUGACGGAACGGAACUCGAGUCCGAGAUUAUCGAAACGACACCGAAGACGUACACCAUCCGCUUUGUGCCGAAAGAGAGCGGCGAACACACUAUCUAUGUUAGAUUCAAGAGCGGAAGAAAGAAGGACAUCCCUGGAAGUCCAUUCAAGGUCUUUGUCGAGGCACCAGUGUGGGGUGGGGCUGCAAAAUGCGUGGCUGCAGGUCCUGGGCUUGAAAGAGGUGUGGUGAACCAUCCGGGAGAUUUCACUGUGUGGACACGUGAUGCCGGUCCAGGAGGCCUUGCGAUUGCAGUCGAAGGUCCUGCCAAGUCAGAGAUCAAAUGCACCGACAACGGAGACGGGUCUUGCAACAUUUCCUACCUACCCACCACGCCCGGGGAAUACACGUGUCAUAUUCGGUUUGCGGAUGAAGACAUUCCCGGAAGUCCUUACAAGGUCCAAGUAUCGCCGGAAGUGGAGGACCGCUUUAGGGAUCUCAACGUCACCGACCUCGCCGAGAGCGGAUUAAAGGUCAACCAGCCCGCUUCAUUCUCCGUGCAAACAAAUGCAGCUGUAGGAGAUGUGACUGCUUCUGUCGUGGCGCCUUCAGGGGACGAAAAAGAAGCUCAAGUGUCCAAACUCGGCGGUGGGAACUUCGCCAUUCGCUUCACCCCUAGGGAAUAUGGGGACCACCUCGUCAAUGUCCGUUUUGAUGGCUCUCAUAUCCCCGGUAGCCCGUUCAAGAUCAGGGUAGGCGGGGCAGAAGGUCAUCCAGAGAAAGUCAAGGCUUAUGGUGAGGGAUUGAGCAAAGGAAGGGUCGGCGAAUCAGCAGAGUUUACUGUCAACGCUCUGGAAGCCGGCUCAGGUGCGCUUGCUCUCUCCGUAGACGGUCCCGCUAAGGUGAAGAUGAAUUGCAGUGAAAAUCCCGACGGUACCUAUCAAGUCACGUACAACCCGGUCGUAGCAGGCGAGUACACGAUAAGAAUAAAAUUCGCUGGUCAAGACAUCCCCGGGAGCCCGUAUAACGUAACGAUUUACCCGUCCGAUGGUAAAUACGCCAGCACGGGCGACGCGUCCAAGUGCACCUCGCGAGGAACUGGUCUUCAUAGCGCUGUCCUCGGGCAGCCAAACUCCUUCACUGUCAACGCUAGCAAUGCUGGUCGUGGUUCCCUGAUGGUGGGUGUUGAAGGCCCUGCGAUACCAGCUAAAGAAAUCAACGUCAAGCACACGGGCAGCAACGUGUAUGCUGUGAAUUACGCCCUAGAGGAGCCUGGUACCUAUGUCCUUAAAGUUCUGUGGGCAGAUAAGCACAUCCCUGGAAGCCCUUUUCACGUGACAGUUUAAACACGCGAGAACACGCGCGUGCGCGAAACGAGAACUCUAGUCUUGUAAUUAAGGACUUAAAAAAAUUGAAGGAGAAAUUAUUUUCAUUACAACUGUAAGGUUGCACCUGAAUGUUUUAAGUCGCAUUUUGCAAUACUAAUGCUAGUUUUCUAUUUUAUUACAAUUAAAAUUUUGUUAAAAAAGCCCUCGUUUGUAUCACUGACUGUAGAAACUUUAGGAUCUAUUGUAGCUAGUGAAGCAUUUUUCGGCGAUACAAGUUGUAGCUAUGUUGUAAUUUCUAAAUCGAUCAUCGUAUUAUGAUAAACACGGUAACACGUAGAAGAAAAAGAGCACUGUAAACUCAAAUGUUUUGUUUGUUAGUUUUUCUAGCGAGAUCUGUGUGAUAAUUUUAGGGAUAUUUUCUAAUAACUGACAAAUAAAUUGGUUAAAGAAA